AUGAGUCGCCCGCUCCUCUGCGCCGCCUGCCAGCGCCCGGGAAUGAGAUCAUCCCGUCCACUGGUCGUCAACUUGUGUCUGUCCUGCGAUGUUGCUUCUCGCGCCCCGGCCAAGCCCGCCAACAGAACGGUUGGUACGAGCACCGAUGAUUUGGAGUGCGUCGGCAACGUCGGUGCCGGCGUCAUCAUGGCACGACUUGUGAAGAACCCUCCGAACACGCUGAUCUCGUUCGAGCAGUUCAUGAAGAUGCCGUUCGCCAUCUGGCUGGCCAUCCUCAACGUGCUCAGCCCGCUCGAGCUGCUGAACUUGGCGGGCGCGCAUUCGUUUUUCAAGGAUCUCAUCACCAAGUCGCCGAAACGAUGGGGCGCCUUCAAGUGGGCACCGAACUUUUGCAGCCAGGACGAGCCCUGCGAGGGCUAUAAGCUGACGCGCAGCCGUUCCUGGUGGGAAACAACACGAACAAGUUUUCUCGCGUACGGGUGUGAAUAUAGUUACAUCAAGGACCUGCGAGAAAUCGAGUGGUACGACGAGCGGCGUUUCACGCCGGUGCGCCCGCAAGAUCAGCGAAAAGAAACCGCCGCCUCCGAUUUGUACAUCCUUUUCCACAACGCCACAUUCGAUCAGUUUGGCGUCGGAACGGAUUGGCACGUGCCCGGCCCGAACCACUACCCGAUCAUUCCAUCGGUCCGCGCGGCCACGGCGUUGAUGCCGAUCAGGGGCCUCGAGGAGCGCGAUUUUCGUCAGAUGGUCGAGCUCCAGCCCCAGUGCGUGGCCGUGCAUGGCGACCACGGCGAGGGAUCAAGUCAACUCGGCUCCAUCGUUCAGCGAGUGGUCGCCAUGAUCCCGGGCCUGCAAAAGUUCUGGAUCUACAUCGGGCAUCACGCCUCCGAGAUGGACAGUCUCCUGGCCGUCAAGGCGCCGACUAUCACCGCCUACUGCGAAACGUUCAUCUACGACAAACGGAAGUACGCGUACGUGCCUGGCGUGGGUCUGGCGGAAAUGCUUCGUGAACAACUGUGGACUACGCUCAACGCGCUCAUUGCGCAAUGGGCUCGCGGUGAGCGGGACAUUGACACGAUCUCCUUCAUCUUGCGCUGCCCGACCGGCCGCUACACGUCUUGGGACCGGGAAGUGGACGCUGGCAUCCCUUACUGGCCGGACUACAUCUCUUACCGGUAUGUCGGCCGGUACCGUGUCGACUGGGCCCGGCAGACGAGCGGUUUCUGGCUGAUACGUCGAGCACCCAUGAGCGCCAACGGCCUGCUGAUCGGCGUCAAGGGGUCCGCGGUCAUGCUCAUCUCCUGCGACUACAACUUCAGAAGGGCUCGCACACAGGACGAAUGCGUCGAGUUCAUCACCGACUGCGACGCCGCAAAGCAGCAGAUCGAAGACGCAUUCGCCGGCGAUGACCCGUUGGAGGUGGAAGGGCACUGGCCCGAGAGGACCAAGAGGGUCAUCACUGACCGUCGAGCGGCGAUUGAACGUGCCGAGAACGCGCUGAAGGAGUGGAAGAUGAAGGCCCCCCACAACUCGGUGCCGAUUCGCGAGCUGGCCGUCGAUCGUAUGCUCUGGCGCCCGGUCGCUGCGCCAUUUCAGUCGUCGCUGGAAUUCGAGCCGCAGGAGGAUCGGAUCCUGCACGUCUACAACCAGAUCCACCUAAACCGCGAU